CGUAUGUGGCACUUUGCCAUCUCGGUCUUUCUGAUUGAGCUGUAUGGACAUAACUUACUGCUAACUGCCAUCUUUGGAUUAGUGGUGGCUGGUUCUGUGCUUUUAUUAGGUGCUCUUAUUGGAGACUGGGUGGACCGUAACCCAAGAAACAAAGUGGCUCAUGCAUCCUUGUUUAUUCAGAACAUCUCAGUGACAGUCUGUAGUAUCAUUCUUAUGUUGAUAUUCUCAUAUAAAAACUGGAUUGAGCAAAUCUGGGACGGUUGGUUAACUGUGGUUUGUUAUACGGUGGUGAUCGUCCUAGCAGAUGUGGCGAACCUCGCCAGCACGGCCCUUAACAUUGCCAUCCACAGAGACUGGAUAGUGGUCAUAACCGGUUACAACCGUGGCCACCUAGCAGGGAUGAAUGCCACCAUGCGACGUAUAGACCAAGUGAUCAACAUUUUGGCUCCACUGGCUGUGGGUCAGGUUAUGACCCUUGCUUCAAAUGUGGUGGGUUGUGGCUUCAUCCUGGGCUGGAAUCUGGUCUCCUUGAUUGUGGAGUUUGUCUUCCUCUCUAGAGUGUUUCGCAUUGUACCAGCACUUUCAGUCAAACUGCCCAUACUACAUGAGCAGUGCUAUAUGGAGAGGAGGAGAGAAAGGAAGAGUUCACAAAGAGAGAGUUCAUUAAGGCAGACAGAGUCCUUGCCUGAGGACUUCAGAGGUCUGCAAUUGAAGAGGAGUACCAGCCUGCCACCAUUUCUGCAACAUCUGCACAGGCUCUUUGACACCUGCAUGGAAGGCUGGAGAGCUUAUUACAGGCAGCCUGUGUUCCUGGCAGGUUUGGGAAUGGCUUUUCUUUACACCACUGUGCUGGGCUUUGACUGCAUCACCACAGGUUAUGCAUAUACACAAGGUAUCAGCGGAUCCCUUCUCAGCUUGCUCAUGGGCGUCUCCGCCAUGGCUGGAUUGCUGGGUACGAUUGUGUUCACCAAUCUCCGCAAAGUCUAUGGUCUGAUCAAAACAGGCAUGAUCUCCAGCUGCCUGCAUCUGUCCUGUCUGCUGUUUUGUGUGUGCUCUGUGUUUGCACCAGGCAGCCCUAUGGACCUUGGCAUGUUAAAUGUGUCUAAUGCCUCACAAAUGGGAGGGAUGAAUGGUGGAGGACACAGCAGACAUGGAUACAUGAUGCAGUGGGGCAAUCAGCCUCUGCUGCCUGACCGCUCCUCAAUCCACUGGACCAACAAUACAGUUUUGUUUGAUAAUGCCCCAACAGGACCAGCACCUGAGUCUUAUGUGUCCAUUUCUCUGCUGUUCCUAGGAGUCAUCACAGCACGAAUUGGUCUCUGGUCAUUUGACCUGACAGUAACUCAGCUACUGCAGGAAAACAUCUGUGAGUCUGAGCGUGGCAUUGUAAAUGGAGUCCAGAGCUCAAUGAACUACAUGAUGGAUUUGCUACACUUCCUCAUGGUGAUCUCUGCACCGCAGCCACAGCAUUUUGGUAUUCUUGUCAUCAUCUCUGUGUUGUUCAUUACUGCAGGACACAUCAUGUACUUCUUGUAUGCUCAGAAGGCUAAAAGGAAACAGUGCCUUGAUACAUAAAUCACCGUUGUGUGUGACAAAAAGCUGCAGACUCUGAAAUGUAUGUGUACCACACAUGCUGCAGCGAAUCCUGAAGUAAUACAGCUGUCUCAAUGACAAUUCAUUUAAUCUCCAUACAUCUCCAUAU